ACUCACUUCGCCCCCUUCACUCCCUCACCUCCCUCUGCGCGUCACUUUCCGCACAGCCCCACCACAGUUGGCUGGUAACCGGGCGGAAAUUGUUUCUGCGCUUCCGGGUCAACAAUCUGGCUGCAUCUUGAAGACGAGGGGCCCGUGGGUCUUCGCGGUGUUUCGGACCCCAUCAGAAAGUUUGCUUUUGAAAAAUUGGUAGCACAUCUCUGAGGGAAAUGGAUGGUGAAGAGAGAACUUAUGGAGGCUGCGAAGGCCCAGAUGCUAUGUAUGUGAAGUUAAUUUCAUCUGAUGGUCAUGAAUUUAUUGUGAAAAGAGAACAUGCAUUGACAUCUGGCACUAUUAAAGCUAUGUUGAGUGGCCCUGGUCAGUUUGCUGAAAAUGAAACAAAUGAAGUAAAUUUUCGUGAGAUUCCAUCCCAUGUGCUAUCAAAAGUAUGCAUGUAUUUUACCUACAAGGUUCGCUACACCAACAGUUCUACAGAGAUUCCUGAAUUUCCAAUUGCCCCAGAGAUUGCACUGGAAUUGCUGAUGGCUGCAAACUUCUUAGAUUGUUAGAAAAUAAAAUGUAACUUAUAAUCCAAUGUGAGGUGUUAAACUUCUGUAUUUAACUACUUGCAGAAUUAAUAAGUGACUUUAAAAUGGUGUUGCAUUUAUGUCUGAUAGCUCACACCAAAAUCUUUUCUUUUAAUGGAGAUGUAUUUUUUUUCAAGCAUAAAGUAAAGGUUUCUUUAGCUUCUUGUACAUGACAUGAAUUAUUUGUUUUCUCCUGUCUCAUGAUGUUCCAUAUUGGUGUGCAGAUGGUUUUCAGCUUCCUCCAUUUUUCAAGAAAAAUGAACAAUUGUAGCCCCAAAUAUACACAAUUUUCUGUUAUGAUGUUGGUACAAACUUCAGCUGAAUUUCUAUCCGGUACCCCUGUCGGAUUGACGUAAUAAAUUGUCUUUAAAAACGGUA